GGAAGUUCAGCUAGGUAACACAGCGUAACUUCAGACUUUUCCAAAAACAAAAAACCCACAACAUUUUUAUAUUUUUUUUCUAAGUUUUGUUAAAUUACCUUGAUAGUUUUUUAGGUUUUUAAUUGUCUCUCGAUUUCUUUUGGCGCACUAUGUUUGACAAAGACAAGUUGCUCCGUCCCAAGCGGCUGCAGCCCCGCCCCCUUAAGGCGUUGCGGGUGUGCUUCCUGCGAAACGGAGACCAACACUUCAAGGGUGUCAACAUGGCCGUGUCACAUGAGCACUUCAAGGACUUCUAUUCUUUGCUACAAGCGGUCACCGAGGCAUUAAGGCGACAUGUGGUCCUGCGAUCGGCCAUUGUGAAUAUAGUUGGGAUUGACGGAUACCCUUUCACCUCGCUGGGUUGCUUCAGUGAAGGCGACGUAGUGAUUUGCUGCUGCAAGUACGAAGAGCUAAUUUGGGUCAGGUAUAGCAUCAACAAGGUCUUCUUGCGUCUUCUGGAUUCGCGUAACCGCUGGCAAGAUCGUCGGCUCGAUGGCGAAACCCUUGAAAACAUAAUGCCCAACGAUUUGCCCGAUGCUAUCCAUUUGUACAUCAACAAUCUGGAGCCCAUGGUGCAGACGGCAAGAACGCUAAUAUAUCGUGGACAGACGCGGUUCAGCUGGACGCAGUGCAUCGUGAAGGUGGUGAACAAGCAGUUCAUGGACUACAACUGCGGAGAUCCCUAUAUAGAACCGGAGGUGCUGCGACGCCUGCAGUCACAUCCGAACAUAAUCGAGCUGAUGUACUCGGUUGAGGAGCCACGCUAUCUUUACAUGGUACUGGAAUGCCUCGACUGCGAUCUCGAGGAGGUGAUUCUGGACUACGGACCCAUGUCGGAGGCGAAUGCCAGGUCGGUUGUGAGGGGCACAGUCGCAGGACUGGCCCACAUGCACCAGCUGCAACUUAUCCAUCGCGACAUUAAGCCCGAGAAUCUGCUGCUGCGCUUUUCACCCGGAUCGGGUCACAUCGCAAUGGUCAAAAUAACCGACUUUGGGAUGACUGCCUACUAUCGUGGCAGCAAGUUGUACUGCUGCUGUGGCACACCGUGCUAUAUGGCACCGGAGUUGAUCGCUGAAUCGGGGUAUGACUACCCGGUGGAUUCGUGGUCACUGGGCGUUACGCUCUUCUAUAUUCUUUACGGAAAACUGCCGUUCAGCAGUACCGAUCAAACUGUGGUGGAGGUGUAUGCGACUAUCAUGAGUGGAGAACCUAGUUAUCCAAUGGGUAUGGAAGAUAUCCUCAGUUCAGAAGCCAGGCACUUAAUCGAUGGACUACUGACGAGGAACCCCAACAAGAGGCUCACGAUUGCAGAGACUGCCCAGCAUCCAUUUCUGAGUUAAAGCGGGCUUAAAUUUGUAGUAUGUUAAGAAUUGCUUAGGGGAUCAAUAAAUUAGUUUAGGUUUCACAAA